AUGUCUAAAUUAGAAAUUAACAUUGACGUACACGAAAAUUCACUUGAUAACAGUGCUGACAGUGAAUUGCUAGUAGUGAUGGAUGAUCCACUUUAUGAAAACGUCAAACAAAGUCCCCAGUAUGUGCCUUCAAGCUUUUUAGAUACCAACGAAGAAGAAAAUAAUACGAGAUAUAACUUUCGAGACUUGUCUGGGGCUGUAACAUAUAAGCUAGUUCAUAUGACUGGUGAAAAAAGUAAUAAUAAUAUGGCAUCACAUUCACCUACUAAUGUACUUCCUAAUGGUGAAUACUAUGUAAUAACAAAUCCUGGAGAGGUAUUUACGUCAACUCCGGGUGCUAAGAAACCUAUACGUAGGCAGCCAUUACAAACUAAAGCAGUAACAACAGCAAAGAAACGGGACGACAAAAGGCGUGCAACACACAACGAAGUUGAGAGGCGUCGUCGGGAUAAGAUCAACAGUUGGAUAACAAAAUUGGCCGCUCUAGUUCCCAACUCUGGUCUACCAGAUGCAGCUAGCAAAGGUGGUAUACUGGCUAAAGCAUGUGACUACAUCACUGACCUAACGGAAAAACAAAAAAGGUUAGAAAAAUUAGAAGUAGACAAUGACAAACUUAUUUUAGAAAUAUUGAGACUGAAUCAAGAACUUACGGAACUUCGUAAGGAAAACACUUCAAUGCGGCAACAGCUUGAAGGAAAUUGCAACACAAAUUCAAACCAUCGGCCUAAAGGUCAGAAAUCUUAG